UUUCUUCAGAAAACCUACGGCAAGCUCAUGUGUCGUCUUGUCCGGAUCUAAUUGAAAUAUCUUUCUCCUUUUCGGAAAAAUUGGAGUCUUUCUUCGUUUUUCAAUGCGGAUCUCUGGAAACAAUAAAAUGGCUAGAUUGCGUGAAAAACCUGGAGAAAUUGGAAAUCCAACAGUGCGAUGAACUUACUGAUGUUUGCGGCCUAAAGCAUCCAAAGUCUUUGAAAUCCUUGGAGGUCACGCAAUGCCCAUCAUUGAGGAGGUUGAUUGAUGACCCUUGCGCGAAUAUACCAAAUGAUUGCCUCGUCAAAAUACAGGGGUGUGGAGACAUUUUCAAAGAUUCCACUCCGAGCGGUCCACCUGGAAUGCCUUUGUCGCAUUACAUAUCGGAGAUUUUUCUAGAAACAUCAAACAAGGAGAUUCAGGACGAGCUCUCCCACGCCCCCAAUUUACCUGACCUGGCGAAUCAAGCCCCAGCGGACGAAGAUGACUCGUAUGGCAUAGGUGGGAACGUGAAUCGCCCAUUAAAGCGUCAAAGGAAUGAAGAGGGAGACAAUGAACGAGACGGAGGAGGCGGAAGAGGAGAGCGAGCCUCGCAGGGUGACGGCAAUCUCACUGGUCGUGGGUCGGUGGGAGAGAUCUUGACCUCGCUUGUUUUGCCUGAUGAGGAAGAGAAGCGCGAGAGGGAGAGCUGCUUCAUUGAGUCCCUGCAAGGCAAGGCCACCCUGACAUCGAACUCGAAUGAAGGGGUCCGAGCGAUGGGCGGUUACUACUGCCACAUCCAGGAGCAUUACGACGAUGCAAACGAAAUCGAGAUGAGGAAGAACAAACGCGUCAGGCAGUCAGGCCCCUGUGGCCGCAGCGGCAGAGGGCGGUGAGCCCCACGCGCUGUCGCCGAGCGUGGGCUAGCAGUGGCGUCUGCGGGUGGAGGACCGCUCGAAGGACUGGUAAGAGCAGUGCAACAGCCCAGAGUUCCCAGAGGAGGAAUUUUGGCGCGCGUUCCGGAUGAGCAAGGCCACGUUUGACUUCAUCUGCAACGAACUUGACGCAGCUGUCACCAAGAAAAACUCGAUGCUGGGGCAGUUGACGUGAUACUUGCAAAUCACUGAAUAUUUUGUUGUCGUAAUAGGUUAAAUUGGUUAAUUUGAGUUAUUUUAUUUUCGAGCCAACUCAAAUUAAAUCAAAUUCACUGAUUUGAC